AAUUUAUUGAUAAUCAUCGUUCAUGGUCCAAUUCCAACUCACUAGAGAGGGGAUCCAGUACCUAGUCGAUUACUGGUAGAUAACGAUAAUGAAGAAUAAAUAUUAGAAUACUUUCCAAUUGGAGGUCAUUCCAAGAGCAUUAAGUUUCUGGAAAUCACUAUUGUGGUUAACUUAAUCAUUUUUCGUUCCGGUUUUCCUGCUGUUAUAUAUACAAUAAAGAAUGUCUGAACCACAGUGUAAGAAAUCUAAAAUGGCUAGUGUAAAUUCUUUGGAAAAAUUGAAAACUUUAACUACGGUAGUGGCUGAUACCGGUGACUUUGAAGCCAUGAAGAAAUUCAAGCCCACAGAUGCCACCACGAACCCUUCUUUGAUGUUAGCUGCGGCAAAUCUACCCCAGUACAAACCUCUCAUUGAAAAAGCCGUCCGUUAUGGAUUAAAAGUUGGAAAUAAUAUAGAUGAGCAAGUAGAAAAUGCGAUGGAUAUGUUAUGUGUACUUUUUGGAUUGGAAAUUUUAAAAAUUGUACCAGGAAGAGUAUCAACAGAAGUCGAUGCAAGGUUAUCUUUCAAUAAGGAAGCCAGUAUAGCAAAGGCAAAAAAAUUGAUUCAGUUAUAUGAAGACGAAGGAAUAGGUAAAGAUCGUAUACUUAUUAAGCUUGCUUCAACAUGGGAAGGUAUUCAAGCAGCCAAAGAACUAGAAAAAAAAUAUGGCAUACACUGUAAUUUAACACUACUAUUCAGUUUUGCACAAGCUGUUGCUUGUGCUGAAGCUGAAGUUACCCUAAUUUCACCUUUCGUUGGGAGAAUUCUUGAUUGGUAUGUGGCAAACACAGAUAAAAAAACUUACAAAGGUGAAGAAGACCCAGGUGUUAUUUCAGUAACUAAAAUUUAUAACUACUAUAAAAAGUUCAAUUAUAAGACAGUAGUUAUGGGGGCUUCAUUCCGCAACACCGAGGAAAUUAGAGCAUUGGCAGGUUGUGAUUUGUUAACAAUAAGUCCAAAGUUACUGGCGGAAUUAGAAGCAAGUAGUACACCCAUACAAAAAAAAUUGUGCAUGGAAACUGCUGCUCAAUCAAACUUAGAGAAGCUACAUUUAAAUGAAGCAAAAUUCCGCUGGAUGUUGAAUGAAGAUAAAAUGGCUACAGAUAAGUUAUCUGAAGGUAUUAGGAACUUUGCUGCAGACUCCGUAAAAUUGGAGAAGCUCAUCCUGCAAUUACUAUCCGAAUCCAAAAAUUAAUUUUUUAUAUUUACAAUUUUUAUUUUAUAGAAAAUGAUUUUAUUGGUGGAGUACUUUAUGUAAAUAUAAUGCAUAUUAUUUUUAAUUAUACAUUUCUGAACUUUUAAA